CAGCAGUUUCACAUCGAAACGAAACCAACUCAAUUGUUCAUUGUUCUUCAUUUUGAGAAAAAAAUAUAUAAAUUUCAUACAGCUGUGAACAAUCUUCUGAGCAAUCAAAAUGAGUUGAGAUUUGCUGCAAGGCUCCGCUGAGUGCAGAUAAGUAUAAAUACGGAUCAAUGUUUAUAAAACAAUGUUCUGGUCAUUCAAUGCGUCAUUGUAUAUAUCAUAUAAUAAAAUUGUAUCAAAAUUCACCGACACAAGCAUGUAAGUGUGCAAUCUCGAUACUAACAACCGACCAGUAUAGUGCGAUUGUCGCUAACAAUAUUUUCAGAACAACCGCUUGUGCUCCGUUUUGCUCUAAACUCAAAAGCAGAAAGCAAUGAACUGAUCGAAAAUGCCGUUUCUUUUACUUAUUUCGGACGUUCGAUCCGCAUUUUUCAACAACAUUCUCAAAAAAAUUCAAUUUUUGUUUCUUCUCUGAAUAUUUUCUUCCUUAGUCUAAAUUCCGAGUCGGAAUUUCCGACGAAUUCUUUUGAACUCUAUUCCAAUUCUCCUCAUGAAGCGUACGGGCUUGUGAAAAUUCAUUGCGAAUAUAAAAACAUGACAUUUCAGUGUAUGUCACAGUUUCACUUAGUAGCUACACAAAUUCAUCGAAUCAACGACGCACAGUCGCACACACUUGCGGCAUAAACAAAACAGCACACACAAUUACGGUGGACAAACACAAGAACGAACUGUUUGCCGGCAUCCGCUUGACUCAAUAACAAAAACAAACGCACACAAACCAAUCCGAGAUACGAUUUACAGUUUGACUUGAGAACGCACAGUUCCACACUUAUUGUUUACACUCAGUUCGACGCUUUGUGUGUGUAUUGGGUUUCUGUGUUAGAGAAUCUCGCAUAUACAGCUGCAAACAUCAUAACAUUGAUUGUGCGCGCCACUUUGUCUGCGACUUUUAUUGAGAAAAGUUGACAAAAAUUUGUUUGGAGCAAUUUUUAUUAUCAAGUGUUACAUCAACACAUUAAUUUCGCGAUUUUUAUAUUUAAAAGUUGUGUUUUUUUACAUUCGAGGUUGUUUUUUGUCGUAUUUUUUGGUGAAAUUUGUUAAUAUUUGUUGCAAAAGUGAUUUUUUUUCUUAACUUCUUACAAUUUUGCUGAACAAUUUGCAUUUUGGUAAAUCGACGGGAUUCGUGCAGAAAUUGAGAUUGAACCAUCUGUUGUACAGUAAAAAUGAGAUCACAUCAAAAAUGUUGAUUUUCUACUGCAAUUCAUGUUUGUGCAAACUGUUGGCGCCUGGUGAUGAACAGUCACCGAACAGCUCUAAAGGUUAUUUGGCAAAUUGCGGACAUAUCUUCUGCACAAAGUGUGCACCAAAGUCGAAGCAAAAAUGUAGCCAGUGUCGUCGACCAACUCACAAGUUCACGGCAAUUGACAAAAAUAUGGCACCAAAAACACGAAUGUGCUUUGAGCCACUCGAAAACUCACUCAAACAAGUCUGCACUGCCAUCAAAUUCCAAGAACAUCAGAUGGAUGUCCAUUACAAACAGAUGAGCAAGGAACAUUCGAAAUUGAAGGGAAUAGGACGCGAGCUCAAGCAAAAUGUCAUGGAAAUGAAUGACAAAAACAAGGCGAUGGAAGAAGAAAUCAAGAAGAUGCUUGUCAUUCAUCAAAAGGUGAAAGAAGCCAAGAACCGUCAAAGUCAAGAUCAACAACCAGCGAAACGUUUCAAACGCUCACCGUCACAAAUAUUAGCGCAAAAGUCACCGGUAAAACGAAAAUUCAUUAUGCGACCAAGCCAAUACAAAGACGCCCGACCACUUUCACCGCGACGACUGCGUGUUGCCAGUUUCACUGAGACGAUACUUUUCAACCCAGCCGAAAAUGACCAGCCAACCAUUAACCCGACGACCAACCAUGUCCAACCAACGUGCAAAUCCGAUGUUUCCACGACGUGAACGCGACUCCGGCUUCAGUUCGACUUCUCAUUAGAAUCGAUAAUUUCAUUUUUGCUGUGUGAAAUGAUGUCAUAUCAAUUCAUAGAACCCUUUUGGUUCAAUCUUCGGUUUUAAGUUCAUUUUCACAUAAGAUUUUUUUGAUAAGAAAAAAAAAACGAUCCGAAAAAUUUACUAAUAAUCACGAGAGAAAAGAAAACGUUAACAAUAUGAAAAAUUGAUGCCAAAACUGUCCAAUGGAUAGGGAAUAAUGUCCAUUGAUGGUCUAAAAUCCAUUUGAAAGAGAAACAAAAUAAAUUUUCAAUAAAAACUAGCUCAAAA